AUGGCGGCCACCAAGCGGGUGCUGUACGUGGGAGGGCUGGCGGAGGAGGUGGACGAGAAGGUUCUGCACGCUGCCUUCAUCCCCUUCGGGGAUAUCACCGACAUCCAGAUCCCGCUGGACUACGAGACCGAAAAGCACCGAGGGUUCGCCUUCGUCGAGUUCGAGCUGGCGGAGGAUGCAGCAGCAGCUAUUGACAACAUGAACGAGUCUGAGCUCUUUGGCAGGACAAUUCGUGUGAACUUGGCCAAACCAAUGAGGAUUAAAGAAGGAUCCUCCAGGCCUGUCUGGUCAGAUGAUGAGUGGCUGAAGAAGUUUUCAGGGAAGACUUUGGAGGAGAAUGCAGAGGAGGCAGGAGCAGAGGCCCCCAAAACAGAGGCACAGGAGGGUGAGCCUCCUGCCAAGAAAACUCGAGUCAACCCUCAGGUGUUCAUGGACAUCAAGAUUGGAAAUAAACCUGCGGGGCGGCUGCAGAUCCUCCUGCGCUCGGAUGUGGUGCCCAUGACCGUAGAGAAUUUCCGUUGCCUCUGCACCCACGAGAAGGGCUUUGGCUUCAAGGGCAGCAGCUUCCACCGCAUCAUCCCCCAGUUCAUGUGCCAGGCUGGAGACUUCACCAACCACAACGGCACUGGCGGCAAAUCCAUCUACGGGAAGAAGUUUGAUGAUGAAAACUUCAUUCUCAAACACACAGGGCCAGGGCUGUUAUCCAUGGCCAACUCUGGCCCAAACACCAAUGGCUCCCAGUUCUUCAUCACCUGCGAUAAGACAGACUGGCUGGAUGGCAAGCACGUGGUGUUUGGGGAGGUGACGGAGGGCAUGGACGUGGUGCGGCAGAUCGAGGCUCAAGGCACCAAAGAUGGGAAACCGAAGCAGAAGGUGAUCAUCUCUGACUGUGGGGAGUGCCCCUGAGCUCAGCCCUAAAAGGGGGCUCUGGAUGGGGUGAGCCUGGCCAGGAAGGGGCUAGAGAGAGCUGGGCUGGGAUGAGACAGCUCCAUGACCCCGUGGCAGUGCCCAGCACCUGCAGCUUCUGUCGAAAUCCCCCUGCAAAGCUUGGAGUGAAGAUGCCUCUGGACAGUGCUUGGGGGUCUGGCCCCACCAGGGAUAAAUCACAUCUCAGCCUGUACCAUCCUGCACUGCCCAGGGUUCUGUGCACCAUACUGCACAGCAGGUUCUGCUGCUGUGUUCUGGGGAGUCUUUAUGUUUGGUAAAAAUAAA